GGGGAAAGACUUGUCGCUGAGAUCAGCCAAGCACUUGUAGUAGUAGCUUUUAUUGUUUUGGCUUUAUAGCCAACCAGUUGGCUGUGGAGCUCGUACUUUAAAUUUGAUGAUUUGAAAAGGCGCCCAAUUCAUUUUCUGGAGUUGGAAAAAAGAGAAUACAGUGCCAGUUGAAAUACUUCUGCUCUGUGAAAGCUCCGUGUUGAAAAUUCAGGUUGUAAAAGCUUGACAAGUGGUAUGAGCUUCAUUUACAAUGAACCAGACCAGCAGGUCGAUUCAGAAGAAUUUGAUUUUUCUGCACUUUUUGAUAAUAGCCACGAUGAAGACUUUGCCACAAGAGAGGCAGAAAAUGUUGCUGCUUCUCAUAAAGGCAUUGUUCAUCCUUCUGGAAUUGGUUAUCCAACCAUUGAUGUCUCCCAUUAUGGAUCUCAGUCAUGUAGCUCUAUGGCAUCUGCAGUAUUAAGUGGAGAACGUAUGAGUGAAUACAGUCAAGCAGAAAGCAGAGAUUUCAAAUGCUACCUAGAAGCUGUAAAACCCCCUGUUUCAUCUGGAGUAGAAAGUCCAAGAAUUGAGAUCACACCAUCCCCUGGACUGUUCCAUGUAAUUCCACAUGCAGCUAGUUGUGGAGAGCAAACAUAUCAUUCUCCCACUACAAUUCCUAGAGUUACUUUACCUGUGCCAGGCUCAGAAAGUAUUGUAUAUAGAGACCCACUCAGUCCUGCCAGUAGUGGCUCUUCCACAAGUUGGCAUUCCUUUGUGUCUCACGAGUCCAGCUGUUCCCAUUAUGGCAUGUCCCCUCAGACAUCUCCAUUAACAUCUCCAUGUGUCUCACCAAAGAAUGGCUCAGAAGAAUAUCAAGGUCAGGGUGCUCACCAUUCUCCACGAACAUCACCUGUCAACUCACCAUCCACUCACAUUGAAAACUGGCCGGGUGCAAGGUCACCGUCCCCAACCCCCCGAACUUCUUCAAGGUCAUCAUCACCUUGUGGGAAGAGGAGGUACUCCUGUGACCGCUCAAGAACGCCUUCUCCACAAGCUUCACCAAGAGUUAUUGCAAUCGAAGAACCCAAUUUGCACCAAUUUUCAAAUUCUGCAAGCCUGGCCGAUGCCAUGAGCACUCUCACCACCGAUUCCAACAACGACUUAGGCGAAGUACUUCCGAUAAAGGCUCGGAUCAUGGAUCUUACUCCACCAUCAUCCCUUAAAACUGACAUAUGUAAAGAUGAAAAACUUACUAGCUUUACCAUAGCGAAUUUUGUCGAGUUUUCAGGGCAGUGUCAGGAUGUGAAGAAAGACAUCUACAGUAUUGAUCCGCUUUUCCUGAUGCCCCCUCAUCCAAUACAUCGGACAAAACCCAAACCUCCCUGCAGCAUCCCGUCUCUUCCUCCUUUGGAGUGGCAGCUGCUGAGUUCAUCAGAACCAUAUGAAUUGAAGAUUGAGAUACAGCCCAAGCCUCACCAUCGGGCACACUAUGAAACAGAAGGCAGUCGCGGCGCAGUUAAAGCUCCUAAUGGGAGCCACCCUGUAGUCCAGCUCCAUGGCUACAUGGAAAACAAGCCUUUAAGCCUGCACAUAUUUAUUGGAACAGCAGAUGAGCGGCUACUAAGACCACAUGCCUUCUAUCAAGUCCACCGCAUCACUGGCAAGACAGUCUCAACCACCAGCUAUGAGAAAAUUUGUGGAAAUACCAAGGUUUUAGAAAUUCCGCUUCUUCCAGAGAACAACAUGAAAGCAGUGAUUGACUGCGCUGGGAUACUGAAGCUGCGAAAUGCUGACAUUGAGCUGAGGAAAGGAGAGACAGACAUUGGCAGGAAGAACACUAGAGUGAGGCUUGUUUUUCGAGUACACAUUCCUCAAGCCAAUGGCAGGACAGUCUCGUUACAGGUUGCUUCAAAUCCCAUUGAAUGCUCUCAGAGAUCUGCACAUGAAUUGCCAAUGGUGGAAAAACAGAGCACGGACAGUUGUUUCGUAACAGGUGGACAACGGAUGAUUCUCACUGGUCAAAACUUUACUACCGAGUCAAAGGUCCUUUUCACAGAGAAGACUCAUGAUGGACAGCAGAUAUGGGAGGUAGAGGCGACAGUGGAUAAAGAUAAAAGCCAACCUAACAUUCUUUUUGUUGAAAUUCCACGCUAUCGGAACCAACAUAUCCGCACAUCAGCAAAAGUGAACUUCUGUGUUGUUAAUGGAAAAAGGAAAAGGAGCCAACCACAGAAAUUUACAUAUCUCCCUGCAGUGCCUAUAAUUAAAACAGAGCCAACAGACGAGUGUGAAGACACCAUAUUCUGCAACACCGUACAUCACAGAACCAUGUCUGAGUUUUAUACUACACAACAGGUCAUGACCCCUGUUAUGGUCGCUAAUCCCACUUCCUGUCUUGGCGGAAGCUUGGCUUCCUGUCGUACUGGAUUUUCUUCACAUGAUUCUAAGUAUCAGCAGCAGAAUCCAACUGGAGUUGUCUAUCAGAGAUCGAAAGGUGGCAGUCCUAAUCAUCUUGGCUAUCAACCGUCUGCUGUGAUGGUGCCAUCCAUUCCCAUAAUUCAAGAUGCUCACAAAUCAGUAUUGGUGCAUGCUGGGUCACCUGUCCAGUCUUCUAUGACACACCACUCUCCAACCAAUCAGUCUUCCACCAUAAUUCAUCAUUCCCAUAACAAUCAUGAGUCUUCUUCCAUGAUCCACAACUCUCCAACAAAUCAUCAAUCGUCACUGAUCCAACACUCCCCAACCCAUCAGCAGCUACCUUCUAUGAUUCACCAUUCACCAACCAGCCAACAGUUGAGAUACAGCAGCCAGCAGGAUUACCAACGCCAGGUAUAUUCAGAGAAUGAUGCCCAUGUGCCCAUUGUGCGGUCCACUACACCACAAGCGGUACAUCACGUGCAAAAAAAUAGCCCAAAUCAAUAUGCAGCCGUGAUUCAGCAACAGCAGCAAACAUCCAAUGCAAUCCAGAAGGUUUCAAAAAAUGGUGCUUCACCAUCUCAGCUUCCAUUGAUACUGGAUCAACAGGAAAAGGAAACUACAGUUACCGGAGUCACAGUGAAGCAGGAACCACAGAACCUUGACCAGGCAUAUCUGGAUGAUGAAACUACAUGGGACUUCUUCCAAAGGCUGGAACACUUUAAUAAGUUAAUGAAAUUAUAAGGAAAGAUCUUUCUGGACUCACAGCAACAAGCCAAUCUUAGACUCAACAAAUUGACAAUGAAUGCUUCCCAAUACAAUCUUGGAAAUUCUCUCCACCACCAGUGACACCCUGUGUUUACUAAUGGGUCAGUCGAAGGGUUCAUACUCAGCUGCACAAUACAAUAUCCUGGCAAGGAGUUGGCUACUCUGAAUAAUCAUCAUGGGAACUCAGCUUAGCAGAUUUUUCUCAUUAUUUCCAUUCAUUCAGAGUCCUUAAGGGGUCCAAAAUCUGUAUUUUUAGUUUACUCUUGUUAACCUUUGGUUGAUUGGAUCACACCCGUUUCCACUCAAAUUUUCAAAAUGGACUGAACAACAGCCCAUCGUUGGAUAUUUUAGCUUUCUAAAGAAAAAAUAUCUCUUCCUUGCAACUCCUUUACUUUCAAGAAAAGGGUCUCAAAACAUUUUUUACAACUAUUUUCAUAGACAGAUCCAAACAUGAUUUGGAGUGAAAAUGAAAUGGUAUGAAUGAGGUGGUUAACAAUAAGAAUGUGGACCUAUGCCAUGUUAACAUCCAACAUCACAGCACCACAGUUACACAUUAUACUGGUGAAGACUAUACCAUCCUACUUUGAGCAAAAAUUAGGAAAGGGGUUAAGCCUUGAUGCCUUGGGCCUGUUCUACCAUUCAAUAAGAUCAUGGUUAUCUAAUUCCAUCGAUCAGCCUUUGUUCCAUUUCCUUCAAUAUGUUCAGCAAAAAUCAAAUAAUCUCUGAUUUAAAAUUAACAACUGAGAGCAUUAAUUGGCAGAAGAGUUUUCCAAACUUCUGAAUUACCCUUCCUGUGUUGAAGUGAUUCUGAAUUUAACUCCUGAAAUGUCCGAUUCCAGUUCUUAAACUACACUUACCCAGAAUAAGACUUUUCAACCAGUGUAAAUUGUACCCUCUUAUCUACUCUAUCCAUUCUGCUUCAUACCUUGAAAAUCUUAAUACAUUAUCCUUCUGAAUUCCAAGGAAUAAAGGCCCACUUUGUAUAAUCGUUCCUCAUUUGACCCUUUGGAGUGCAGGUAUAUUCUAGUAAAUAUAGAAACUUUGUUUUUAUGGACAACAUACAGAAAAUUAAAGGAGCUAUAACAAGUUGUUGCCUUACUUUGAGCCGCAAUUGGAGAUUAAUCAGCAGAAAACACAUCUUCCAUUAAAUACAGUGCAUUAUUCUGUAACUUGGAAAGUGGCAAUGAUUCAUAUAGCACAAUUAGCAUCAAUAACUUGUACUGAAGCUUGUGAUCUUCUCUGCCUUAUCCCAGCAUAAUGAUGAUCUUACUAUGGCUUGAAAUCACAAUUACCAAUCUCACAAGCUUACUGUGAGAAACUGGUUGAAUCUACAACUAAUAGUUACGCUGAUCCACCAAAUGUUUGUUGAUUUAUUUUAUCAAUAUCAUCAGUCAUUGCAGGUUUAAGUUGUUAAUGCAUAAAUCUUUUACAAAAUAAAUCAUUUUUGGAUACUAAGUAGGCUUCCAGUGAUUGAAGAUAGUAAUUCAACCACAUAUAUGUAAAUAAAAAAAAUUUUGCUUUUUCAAGUAAUAUUUCAUGCUGGCUGUUUGAUAUAACAAUUGAAUCUACUUUUUUUAAAAUCUGUGUGAAGUUAUAAUUUACAUUUUCAAAUGAAUCAAGAUCAUAUCAACUAUGUGUUUAACAUAUCUGAUGUAUAUGUUAUGUGUUUAUUUUUUAAAGUUAUUGAGUUCAGAGUACAAACUUCUCUAGUGCCCAGGCAACAAUUUCCAAUUUCAUGAUCUGUAUUUUGGGGGCUUUAAUCAUCCUUUUUGAAAGCUGUGAUAUAAUCCUUGUACAUAUCAUAUGCAUCACAGUUUAAAUGUUAAUUUAUCAUUUAUUCUUUUAAAACGUAAUGUAAUUCUUUUCAUGAUAACAGUUACCAGUAACAUGAUGCUUGGGUUUUUCCAAGUCUCACCAUCUCUAGCUGGAUUCUUUUGAAUUAAUGAAACUUUAAUCAGUCUGAUGGCCCAACUAAUUGAAUGAUGCAGACAUUGAAAUACUCUAGUCCUCUAUAUGCUGUUAAUUUUCUCAUAAAAUUUACUGAUGCCUGCAAUCCUAACCCUAACCUUAACCCUAAUGCUAUUUACUGAUCCUUGGAAAAUAAUUUUAUAAUUGAUCCUUGUCACUGUCAUCAUUGGUACUAAUUGCAGGCCAAUAAACUAAGUGAAAAUCUUAAUUCCUGCCUCAUUAGAAAAGCUGGCAAUUUUUUGCCUAAUAUUUAGAAUCUUUGGUUACUUUUUAAUCACAACUUUAAAAUGUUUCCACUAAAUGCUUGAAAUAUUUUUGGUGGCACAUUGGUCUCAGAUCUUGUGAAUUUUUGAUAUCACACAGCAUCGAUACUAUACCGACCAUCUUGGUCAUUCCAUUGUCUCUAUAAAAAAUAACACUGACCUUCCAAAUCUGAUGAAAUAGUUUGUUCAUUAAAAAAACCUCCCCUGAACUAAACCAACUGAAAUUAUCCUUAUGUUUCUUGAACAGCAGGAGAUGAUUUAGUUUCAAUGUAAUUCCAGUGAUUGAUAAAGAUAAAAGCAAAGUAGAAUUUAAUUUAAAUUUCAUAUCUAUUAAUUUGUUACUUCUAACUGCCAUGUCAUUGGAACAUUAAUACAUUUUCAAUCUAAUGGCACUACAAAAUCAUCCCUGUGAUAUUGUGAAAUGACAAUACCAUCUGAGUCCCAUAAUCACUCAUGUUUCACUCUUUUCCAAAGAAAGAAUUGUUCAUUUUCAUUUUGCUAAAGCACAAAAGAUCUUUUCUUAAGCACUUUGGUAUAUCUGUUGGCUCAAUUGUAUUGGAAAGCCCCCAACACCUAGGACUGGUUUGUAAAUUGGUGCCUCAUUGGAGAUCAAUCAGCUUUCGCUCUUAAACAGUCUGUUUUGCUUUAUAGAUAAAUACAUUAACCUUUAGUCUCAACACUUAAGUGAUAUUGUAUGACUUCAAAAUGUUUUAUUGAUGUAUUGAAUGUAGAAUUAUGAAAGUCCAAAUGUGGCAUUCAUAUAAAUGACUUUAUUUUAGUUUUAUAUUAUGUUUAUAUUAGCUUGCUUCAAUUCAAAGUGCAUCUUCCAGUAUUUUCAUUCCAUAAUAACUGAUUAUAAAGAAUGUCAAUGAUUUGUUAGAUGACAUUUCAUUUAUUUUGUGAUCGGCUAUGAAUACUGCCAAUUAAUGUAAAUAGUUUGUAAAGUAGGGAACAGAAAUGAAGAAGUCUUUAGCUACGAUGGAAUAUUAAUGAUAGGGGUGGCAUUUUCUAAUCUUACAUUGUAAACACAAUACUUUAUUUUCUUUCUCCAAUAAAUUGUCACACUUAGUUUAGAUACGAUCAGAAAAUGAUUGGCUCAUACCAUAACUAUAACUUAAAGGAGUCUUCUUUAACAUUACUUUCUCUUGUCUAUGAAUUAUCAAUGCUGGAGGGAACAAAUCUCCCAUCUUUUGCAUAUGAACAUUGUGUCUCCAGUGUCAUCUACAACUAGUUUCCCAUCUCUGAUUUGACGUUAUUGUACGAAGUACAUUUGUAAUAAUAUCUAAUAAAAGUCAUAAAGUAAAAAAAAAAGCAGGAUGAAACUGGACAACCCAUUUAUUUGAAAUUACAAUGCAUGUAUUUAAAGCUAAAAUCUUAAGAAAAAAGAAUCAUGAAAAUUCAUUUAGUGUAAUGACUGGUUGAUGUUUAAAUAAAUUUACUUGCUUGAUUUAAUUUCGUGAUUCUCAAUCUUAGUAAGGCCCUGGACAAAUUGUGUAACAAUGUUGCUUUGAUCUAAAUACUUUUUACUGUUGAAUAUAAGUCUUUGGUUAAUUAUGCACAGUAUAGUUCAAGUCUUGUUUAUAGACCUCUGUUGUUAUAAAAGUAUAAAUACAUAUCAAAACAAAAGUUGAUAAUUAAGGCUAAAGUGGAAAUUGUUUAGGAGAGUCAGCAUAUUAUAAUUUGUGUACAGACGAUUGUUUGUUGCAUUAGAACAUGGUCAGUGCCAACUAUGUUCGUAUUGCUAUUGUUUGCAGAGACAGUUCAGUUUUCUCAAAACUAUUCUAAGGGAUGCACAAGAUCCCUCUACCACAGCUUCCUCCUGCCACCAUCCCACACAUUCCUAAAUAUCAGUAGUUUUGCAGCUUUGCAGUAUCCACAUAUUGAUGAGCAAAGAUAUUUUGUAUUAGUUUACUUUGGAUUGUAGCCACGUUUGUUCACAAGGAAACAUCAUCUUUCCUCAGCUGUCUGAAUGUUUUGCUGCAAUGCCUUCCUGUCAUUGUACCGAAAAGAUUCAAAGAAGAACCGCUUGCCAAGAAAAAAGGCAUGUUUUCCACAGACUUCUGUGAAAUGAAAUAUUGAAUUUCUCAAUAGAGUUUUUUUUUCUUUUCUUUUGCUAAGCAGCUACUAAGCAAAGCAUGUAUUGAGCCAACAAAGUUCUUAGCAAUGGUCAACUGCAGAAAGCUGACUCAUGAGGGAUCAUGGUCUAUGUGUGAUAGCAGAAAGAAUGUGAUAAAGUGAUGAUUUGCACUGUUAAAUGUAAUGAGGUUAUAAGUGCCAUUGAUUAAGAGCAAUAUAUUCCUUCUGAAUGUAGAACUUCUGUAAUGACAGCACUAUUUUUUAUGUAAUGUAAAGAUUUCUGCUGCUUACCUUUGUACUCAAAAAAGUUCUCAGUAUCUAUUCUGGUUUAUCAAAAGCAUGUUAUUUUUACCUUCAUCUUAAAAUUUAGAAAUUUUGCAAUAUUUUAUUCUCUCUAGGCUUUGUACCAUUGUUGGUACUUUUUGCUUUGUUUGCCAGCCUCUUUAACCCCUUCAGUGUCAGAUCUUAACAGAAUUUGUGCUAACACAUUUUAGUUAAAUAUGCUUUCAAAUGCUAGUGAUAUAUAUGUAAGUAUUUAACAUUUAUUCAAUGUAAAGAAAUAUAUUUACCAUGUUUUCAAAAAACUGAGAGCUGGCACAGAAGGGGUUAAAAUAUGACUAAUAUUAACAUUUAUCCUUUAAGCAAUGUUAUGAAUCAUAAACAUUUGUACUCAAAUGCUAACCUAAUAAAAUUUCAUCUUAUCUUGCUUAGA